AUGUCUUCAGUUCAUGGGAAUAUGCGCGUCGGGGAUCUGAAUCAUUUCCAGAUGUAUCACGAGGGGCCUAUGCAGAUAAACAGCAUGGUGAACUCAGAUUAUGGAGCUCCAGAUGUUACAAACUACUUCAGCUCUGCAAACUCGCUACCGAGGGCUGAUAAAUGCGUGGCAAUACUGACUCACAGGAGAAAGAGGACCAACUUCACCCAGCAGCAAAUCGAGGUGUUGGAGAAAGUUUACUCAGACACUAAAUAUCCUGACAUCUACCUGCGAGAGAGACUGGAGGCUCUGACCGGGCUACCGGAGUCCAGGAUUCAGGUGUGGUUUCAGAACAGAAGGGCAAAGUCUCGUCGCCAAGUUGGAUCCUCAGUGUCCAUGAAGGUCACCAACCCACCAGCAGCUGGCCCCUUCAGCCAGCUCCAGAGCAGGAUGGGCCCAGAGAAAGUUUAUGACAACAUUCAUGGAGCCGAGGCACACAGGAUAGGAGGCUUUGGACUGGAGGACAGUUUCAGACCUACAAUGCACCAAAACACAGAUAACACUCACAGAACCAGUUUGCCCACCAAACCCAGCAGCUACGAACACAUGUCCGUCUCCUGCAUCUAUGACAAGGAGGGAAGCCAAGUGAAGGCUGAGCAGUUGCAACGGCACGAGCUGAGCGUCAAUGUCCCGUGCUGUAACGUCCAUCUGUAUCCCAAAGAGAACGAGCAUCAUCCCAACAUCGAAGCCAACAUGACCGUCAACCACGGUCCGAAGGGUUUGGUGGAAUAUGACAACUUCCCACCGAACAAGACCAUUGGCCCAGAGAUGAAAGUCGUGAUUCCUCCCAUCCCCUCCCAGAACAACUUCAGCAUGUCAUCGCCAAAGGAUAAUGGAUGCCAAAUCCAGUAUCAACGCGUGAGGGCCGCAGGAGACAGGUUCAGUCACUUCUCCCCGAUCCAUGCCGCUGAGGCACAGGACAUUACCGACUCCGACUCUGACUGGGAAAACGAGGCCAUGGCUGGCUUUGGUGGCUUUAUGUGA